GAGUGAGGUUUAUAAAAUCUCUCUCUCUCUCUCUCUCUCUCUCUCAUCCCUUUUUUGUUUUUCUUUUAAAGAAGAAAAAGCCACUCGUUACACCUUCUAUAUCUGGCGCCAUUUGCAGUCUCUUUCUUUGUUCAAACUUCUCUCUUCACUUUCCCUUCCGUUUCUCCCAAUCAAUUAUCUCUGUUUCUGCUCCCCAACCCUCACUUCUAAUGGAGGAAAAAGAAAGCACAGUUUCCGGGUCACCAGGGGACUCGGGAACCGACUCACCACCACCAGUGAGCAGCGUGGUAGUGCCGCAGGUGAUGAAUAUAAACAUGAACAUGGCUGCAGAGAACAUGGUAAUGGAAAGAAGUGUUAUUCCAAGUGCAACGACGACGCCACCAACCACUGGAAGCGAUGGAGGAUCAGGUGGCCCAGUCAGUGGCAGUGUGGAUUUAUUUGGGAAAAAAAAGAGAGGAAGGCCAAGAAAAUACGAUUCAGAUGGCAACCUGAGAAUGCAGCCAUUUUAUCAUCAGCCGGUGGCUGGAGGAGCAUUAACGUCGCCACCUGGUUUCUCUUUCUCUCCUUCUUCUCCUCCUCCUUCUGAUGGCUUGCUUUACUCUUCUUCCAAAAGAGGACGAGGAAGGCCUCCUGGCUCCGGUAACUGGCAGCUACUUGCUUCUUUAGGAGAGCUAUUUGCGAACACAGCAGGAGGAGACUUCACACCUCAUGUAGUAACUGUGAAUACUGGAGAGGAUGUUGCAGGAAAAAUUCUAUCAUUUGGUCAAAAGGGUCCAAGAGGAAUUUGUGUUCUGUCUGCCAAUGGAGCUGUUUCUAAUGUUACCAUUCGCCAACCAGGCUCAUCUGGUGGUAUCUUGACAUAUGAGGGUCGUUUUGAGAUACUUUCAUUAUCUGGGUCAUUCACAGUCACUGAAACUGGUGGUGUAAGAAGUAGGACAGGUGGACUGAGUGUGUCGUUGGCUAGCCCCGACGGUCGUGUAAUAGGUGGUGGCAUUGCAGGACUCUUGUUGGCAGCCAGCCCUAUCCAAAUCGUCGUCGGCAGCUUUAUGCCAAAUGGUUACAAGACACACAAGAGAAAGCACCACCGUGAGAAUGCAAGCAGUUCAGUGAUCUCAGGAGCUCAAGGUGUGGUGACAGAGGCGAACCCAAUCUCACAGUCGAAACCUGCAGACGGCGAGACAUGUUUGAUCUCUGAGUCUCCAUUGACAGAACAUAGCCAUGGAGGAACAGAUAACAAUGGAAGUGAGCAGCAGAUGCCAAAUGCAACAAUUUCCUUUACUCCCUUUUGGAAUGGAUCAACACCCGCAUCCAAUCAGAGACCAUCUCCUGAUAUCAACUUGUCUGUCCCCAGUGAAGAGGAUGCACAAGGUAUAGUACUUUAGAAUCUUGGAGGCUGACAAGACAAACCCAGAAAGAAAACUAAUUCCAUUUGCUUUAUUGUUGUAACCAUUCAAUGUAAUGACAGGACAUUCUAAUUUUCUGCCUGAACAUUUAGAUUAUCAGUAGGAAAUGUAGCAGUUCUUGUUGGGCAAUUUUAUUGGAGCACUUAUGUCCACUGCACUGAUCACAGUGAUUAUAGAUGCUUUGCUGAAAGCAAUUAGUGAUAUUAUUCUUCUUUUUCACC